UGAACAAAUUAAUGAAAACGGAACCCAUUAAUCUUAAUGCGCGGUCGAGACAAACCCUAACAGAAUGGAGUGCGGCGGCGAUAGCGUUGUCGGAGUUGGAGAUUACUUGGUUGAGACGAAGAGAGAGAAGCUUAAAUCGGUUCUUUCUCAUCUCCUUGCCGAUCCGAUUCUCGCCGACGUUCCGAGGAACCCAACACUUUCUGAUGUCGUCACUCUUGUCAGUCUCGAAAAGGGAAGCGCUAUGCGUCUCUCCGUCGUCAAGCUCGACGGCUCCUCACUGGAUGUCGCCGUCAUGAAUUCAGCUACUCUGAAAGAUCUGAAGCUUUUGAUCAAGAAUAAAGUUAACGAAACGGAGCAAGCAAACAUGGGCCAUCGCCACAUUUCUUGGAAACAUGUAUGGUCAAACUUUUGUCUUUCGUACAAUAAUGAGAAGCUGCUUGACGACAAUGCUCUUCUUCAAGAUGUCGGAAUCCGGAACAAUUCUCAGGUGACCUUUAUGCCAUAUGUGAUGAAGAAGGGUCGAGGAAGACAUUCCAAGAGGAAGAAGCAUCGUCUCUUUCGUUCCCUACACAAGACUUGUUAAGCCCUUUUUAUAUGUUGGUUGGAGUAGACAUAUUCUGUGGUUAGUCGCACCUUCCUCGCCAGCAGCAACUAGAUGCAACAAAGACGAGGAUCUUGAGAACUUAAUGGUGGGGCGAUACCAUCAACACAUGAGGGACCGAUCUUUAUCAGAGUUUGGGAGUUGGAAAUUGGUUCAGUGUUAAACUCGGUACUAAUCAUUGUGGAUAAAGCUGUAAUUAUUGGUGGCAAUGUGAAAAAAACAGAGCAGAAACUGCUGUAUCUUCUCAUUAUUAAUAAAACAGGGAACUGAGAGUUAAGUAA